CACCGGAGCUGCCACACCUCUUUUUUUUGGAGGUUCUUGUUCUUGGUCUUGGUCCUUGGUUCUUGGCCUCACACUUUCUUCGCUGCUGUUGUUGUUGCGCAACAGAGUGCCAGGCCAGGCCAGUCGAGUCCGGCCAGUCCACCUCGCUACACGGACGGUUUCACCAUCCGCUCUGCCAGCCCCUCCAUCGCCCCUCGCCUCUGCCUGACCUUUGUUUCCACUCCUUUCUUCUCUUGAAGAACAAUCGUGCUCUUCCCACUGGAAUAACACUACCACGUCUCCAUUUUUCCCAACCUCUAUUUAUAGCUUAUCCUCUCGGCUCCCAUCCCAAUAUUUUAUCUAUAGGCCCGGCAUUGAUCAUCAUUGCGCUCGUUCUAGAGCAGGGCAAUCAUUAUUCAUCCGGCCUCUUGCGCCUCUCCCGCGGUCCCGAUGGCUUACAACAGCUUCUCCAACAGCCCCAGCACAUACUCGCAGUUCAACCCCAAUGAGAACCGCGCCUCGUCUUACACCCCUCCAUACCCAUCACAAUAUGGGUCCGACCAACUCAGUAUGCCCCAGGCUUCAGCCCCGCCGCCAUCGUCUUCCCCGGCUGGCUACUAUCCACAGCCCUCGUACGAGGCAGCUCCGUGGCAGCAGCAGCAGCAGCAGCAGCCACCACCACCGCCGACAGGACGGAUAAACGAGGCUGUCAACUCAGCCUUCCACCAGGCUGACUCUCCGGCCUACCUGUCUCCGGAGGUCGUUUCUCAGAUAACUGCAACAGUUAUACAGCAGCUGAAAGCUACUGGGCUGGACAACAUACCAAGCGAUCAACAGUUAUCCCCACAGCCGCCGCCUACGCAAUGGGCCCCUCAGGCUACAGCUCCCAUGCACGGGGAAUCGCUCUACUCCCCGAUGAGGCCACAAGCGUCCCCUCCGCCGCCGCCAAAGAUACCCCAGGACAACGUUGAGUACCAGCCGCCAGUGCCGCCCCCUGUGCAUCCUAGCAGUCCCCAUCUGUUUCCCGGACCAUCUGUGGGCCAUGCAGAGGAGAGACGAGGAUCACCAGCAAGCCAGGCCAGCUGCCACAGCCAGAAUAUGGAGUCUCGACCAAAGCCACCGUCUAGGGAAGCCACGGUGACGGAAAUGACUACACUGGAGAAGAUAUGGGGCAAACUUUUUGAGGAUGGAAAGCCAACAGAGAGGCUUGGCCAGUUCCUGCGAGGAAUCGCAGUUCAUUUGAUUGAGAACUAUGCUCCAGGAAAUACCCUGGUUGUGACCCCGGACAAGUUGCAAAAGUUUUACGAAGAUACAAGCGUGUCGUCGGAUCCCUAUCCAUGGAAAGACAUAUUUGACGAUCGUACAUCUUCAAUCUCAAGGCUAUACCGAGAGGUGGAGGCGGAACAUCAUCUCGUGCAAAACAAGCUGGACGAGAGACCAGAUAUCCCAGGCCUGACGCCUCGCGGCUUCGAGCGAUGGGCAACCUUGAUGAUCCAGGCUCAUCCCGAGAAGGAGUAUGAGCGCUUGCAGAAGGCAGUGUUGAACAUGCCUAUUAGCAACCCCGACAACAGGAAAGAAAGGUUUCCCAAGGAAAUUCCUCGUCGAUUGUUCCCCGACACACCCAUUCUCUCUGUGAGAGAAGAUGUCGAUCAGUUCAUAAUCAAACAUUGUGGGGUUGACCUGCCCCCAAUCACCGAGGAGGACCUGAAACAGGUCGCUGCAAAGCGACACAAGCAGUCUGUGCACAAGGCCUCUGUGAGCUCGGUCGACUCAACUCGUUCAAUGGGCGAGCGUGAUCGCCAGCCUUACUAUAGCGGGUCCUCGUCCGCCGUUGUCGAUGACGACGACAAAGAGAUACCGUCGCGCCCAAUUGAACGCCAGAGGAAGCCAUACUCGGCACAGGUUGGAGGCGGCAAGGUUUAUGACGAGGCCGGGUCGUCCAGUCACCGACAUGCGGCCUCCACGACGGGUUCUGCUCCUCACGACAGUCCGACCUUGUCUGCGUCACGAGUGCCGGAGACAUACAGCCACGAUCCCCACCACAUCCGCACUGGCACCGGCGGAUCCCAGCGUCCCACAACGACCUUUGGACGCUCGCGAAGUCCGGUGCGGGGGUUCAAUACAGGCGGCGACUACCGACACUCCGAGAGCGACCUUCUCGGUCACGGCAGCAGCUCUCGAUACCCCGGGCUGUCUGACGGAGACUAUUAUUCCUCCGCCGUUUCUCCAGGAGACAUCAUCGAAGACCGUCGCCGACAUUAUACCCUCGAUCAUAAGAGCGACGAACCAAGGCUGUACGAUUCCUUCCACGACCGAGACAAGGAGCGCAAGCGCAGCAGCUGGGGUGGUGACGAGGAUUACUACCGCGGAGCCAUCGGUUCCGGCUCUGGCUCCGGCAGCACCGGACAUGAUUAUAAGACGUAUGGCUACCGGUGAUUGAUUGAUUUAUUAUUCUUGGCCCCGGCACAGUCUUUUUUUGUUUGUUUGUUUGGUAGUGGUAGUAUGAUGCUUUCCACGAUGGAAAUGAGAUAUCCAUGUACGAGUUAUGACCUGACGAUAGCGCUUCAUUGUUAUCUCACUUUUUGGCUUCUUGCUGCCGUUUUCUUUCUUUGUCUUGUGUCUGGUGUUCUAUGACCCACCGCGCAUAUUAUUUCCAUGAUGAUGAUAUGAUUACGUCCUCUGUUUUUCUGCGUGCAAUGAACGAGUCUAUGCGACUUGGGGAUGAGCCUAUAAGACUUGGGGGUUUGGGUUAUGUUCUACGUACCUUAUUUACCCUACUUUGUAUCAUUAAUACAGUCGCAGCUAUUGGCUUCUCUGGCUUCGGCUUUGGCUUUCGGGCAUAGCACGUAUAUUAACCUGUCAAUCGCUGCAUGAUAAUAACAA